ACGGGACACAGAUUGAAAUAAGAGGCCAUGAAGGCGUUUUCCUCUUACUUCCUCUGUUGAAUGUGGUGAAGUCAUAUAUUUCAGACACGGGUAUUUACUGCAUUCACUCCUGUCCAGAAGAGCGGGAACACAGACACAAACGCUAACCCACCUCUGCUCACCUGAGACAACAACACAAAGAUUGACAUGUCAAACAGAGGUCAAAACUUUGGUAGGAGCCGUGAGGUUCAGAAUAAGAUUGAUGAGGAAUACGACCAAGAACUGGAGGAAAGGCUGGUGGAAUGGAUCAUUUGUCAGUGUGGCUCUGGUGUGGAGCGGCCUGAGCCCGGCAUGGUCGGCUUCCGAAAGUGGCUCAAGGACGGAUGUGUGCUGUGUGAACUCAUCAACAGCCUGUCUGGAGCCAACAAGCCCAUCAGAGUUAUCAAGAGCUCCACUACGCCUUUUAAACAGAUGGAGCAAAUCUCCUUGUUCCUCCAAGCUGUGGAAAGCUAUGGAGUCACUAAAACUGAUAUGUUCCAGACUGUGGACCUUUAUGAAGGCACAGACAUGGCUACUGUCCAGAGGACUCUGUUGACUCUGGGGAGGAAGAGUCUGAAUAAUGUGAAUUACAAAGGAGAUCCCAAUGUGUUCCUUGUGACGGCACAAGAGAACAGGAGGGAUUUCUCAGAGGAACAGCUGAGCCAAGGCAAACAUGUCAUUGGCCUGCAAAUGGGCCCAAAUAAAGGAGCAUCUCAAGCUGGAAUGACAGGCUAUGGUCAAUCCAGGCAGAUUAUGAACAACCCCUGAAAUAAAAAUCAACUCAAUUGUCAUAGACUUAUAACUAGCUUAAGCGAAAUAAGCUAGUUAAAGUUUAUUAUUUCUAUAUAAUAAAACAUUUGGUCACUUUUUUUAUCUCUCUCUCUCUAUUGGUAUAUUAAGAACUGUCUUUGCAAUUUGUUCAACUGUCAUAGUUGUUCAUCUGAAAAUUUUUUAGUAAU